AUGGUCGAGCGCACCUACACUGGCCUCCGAGAGAAUGGCGUUCACCAAAAAGGGCGAGCAGAAUCGGCACUGCAGAUUGCCGGCCCGCAUGUCCAGGAGGAAAACAUCCUUAUCCAACCAGUGGAAAAAGGGAUAGGUCCAUGUCAGCCAGAGCGAAACGAGGUGGGAUACAAGGUCAUCGUCGUCGGUGACAGUGGUCCACGGCUUCGCAGGGACUCGAUGAACGGGGCUAUCGGCGAGACGGCGGACAUCCAGGACGCGACGAGGAUUUCGGGUUUGAGAGGGUGGUUGCUCCUCUUCGCCAUCGUCGGAGGGACGAGAAAUUUGGCUCUGGAUCUCACGCAGUUACCGGGACGGUUCGAUUUCACGCCCAGUAAACUGUUGCUCCAGGAAGAUUUGGAGUUCCUCGAAGGAGGCAUUACUCCGGACGAGAUUCAAGAGCUGCUCCAGGCGCAUGCUCUCACUUUCCCGGAGACCGUCAAUCAAUCGCAGCAGUCUCUUCGGCUUGUUCGAGACGCUCUAGCUUGCGCUUCAUGGCGUAUUUACGGCGCAUGUCGGCCAUCUCGUCGAUCAGACAUGGGAUGCCGUUUGCCACACAGUGUUGACAUGUACGAAGAUACCAGUGAGAUGUACGGGCUUAGUGAAAAAAUCCCACCUUAA